UGAGAUUGACUGUUGUAGGAGUCAACAGCGAGAAGUUGUCGACUGUCGAGACGGGAAUCUCUGGUGUGAGAGGAGGACAGUAAACUGUGAGCAGUAGCCGCGAGCGCAACACACCAGACGCGUGGUCGUACGAAUUUCCCACUACCGUCCACCAGCCGUAUCAAAGCGCGUAAACAUUCGUCCUCGAGGAGCGUACACAUACGCGACAUAACCUUACAGGUGGGGAAGUCAAACGCAAACAACAACAGAUCGUGAUAGAUCAAUGAUCUAAACACUGUGUAGUAGUGCGUGUUGUGAUUAUGCUAAAUACACUUAAGCAGAUACAGUGACUUGUUAUUAAGUCUUUAAUACCGUCUUUGAUACCCAGUGAAUUAUUGUUUGCCAUCGAAAUGGGCGACAUCAGUGCCGGUAUCGAAGAGUUCAAGCUAGAUGAUAGGAUCUUUGCCCAAGUCAAGUACUAUCUCAGUGGGGAUGCUGAUUCAAAGAUUCUCAAUCUUCUGCAUGAAGGAGGAGCUGAAAGAUCUAAUUUUUUGAGUGAUUACACUACUCAUCUCAUCGCAGGCAAUGAUGCAGCUGAAACAGACAUAUCUACCGCCAAAGAUAUUUAUGUUAUUCCAGCUGUGACAGAAAAAUGGGUUGUGUGUUCUGUUUUGUGUAAAAGGUUACUUCCUGCCCAUUAUUUUUCACCUGAAGAAAAUCAAUUAUUUUCCAAUGUCAAAGCAUGUGUAUCACAAGUUAGUCAAGCAGACUGUAAAUCAAUAUGGGCUAUGAUCACUUUUCAAGGUGGAAAAUGCCAAUUGCUGCUAGAUAGUACUUGCACACAUUUAAUUACAACAAACACCAGUGGUACAAAGUUCAAGGCUGCUUCUAGUCAUCAGAUAAAUAUAGUUACGCCAGAUUGGGUAGUUGAUUGCUGUAAAAAAAAGAGUAUUAUAUCGGAAGUAGAUUAUCAUCCAAACUUAUUGGUACAGUCGCCACCAGAUACCUCUACAGCAUUGAUUACAGGUUUUCAAGACACAGAUUUGAAUCAAGUUGCAUCUCAAGAUGAUCAAGAUCUUACUAAAGUUGCAUUAGAACAGUUAAAACAAAGAAUGCCAUGGAAUCAAUCUAAACCUGCCUUACCUAUGCAAAAUCAAGUAGUAUCUCAGAAUCAAAAUCUUGCAUCAAGUUCCUCUCCAUCUGCGUCCACAACUGUUUCUUCAACUGUUUCAUCUCUAAAUAAUAUUGAUAAUAUAGAUCAAUCAAUACAAUCUCAGCUGCAGCAAACACAGCAAAUUCAACAACAAAAUGUGCAACAACAGCCAAUUAUGCAAAAUCAACAACCUCCUCAACAACAAAUCUUGCAUCAACAACAACCUGUGCAACACAUGCUGCAACAUCAAAAUAUUCAACAGCCACAACAAGUUCUUCAACAGCAACAAACUUUACAACAACAGCAGCCUAUACUGCAACAACAAACUAUAGUGCAGCCAAUGCAACAACAACAGCAACAGCAGCAACCAAUUCAGCAGCAGCCUAUACAACAGCAGCAGCCCUUACAACAGCAGCAACCUAUACAACAGCAGCAGGCUAUGCAACAACAAUCAACUAUUCAACAACAGCAACCUUUACAGCAACAGCAAUCUUUACAACAACAGCAAUCUUUACAGCAACAGCCACCUUUACAACAACAGCAAACUUUACAACAACAGCAACUGAUGCAACAACAACAGCUGAUGCAACAACAGCAGUCCAUGCAGCAGCAACAACAGCAGCCUUUGCAAACACAACAGCAACCAAUGCAGCAACAGCAACCAAUGCAACAACAGCAACCUAUACAGCAACAGCAAAUGCAGCAACAACAACCUAUGCAGCAGCAACCAAUGCAUCAACAGCAACAAUUAGUUCAAACGCAACAGUUUCAGUGGAGUAAUGCUAACACUAGUGUGCAAAAUAAUUCCAAUAUUCCUGUAUCUUCAGUACAAAAUAACAUUCAACAAAACAAUUGGACUUCAACGGCAAUGACGAAUAAUGUACUUCCUUUGAAGUCUCCUACACAACAAGAAAAUUCACAAAUUAUUACACAAAAUCUUCCACAAGUUCAACAUCAGGUUAUUAAUCAACAAGAAUUGAUGCAAAUAUCACAACAAUCAGAAAUAAAUCAACAGCAACAGGUAGUUUCUCAGGGUUUAAUGUCCCCUCAAAUUAAUUCACAGUUGAUGCAGCACACUAUUUCACCACAACAACAAAUUGUUACAUCCCAAAUGAAUGUUCAACAACAACAAAUAGCACAGCAGCAACAAGCACAACAACCAAUAAUUUCUCAGCAACAAAUUAUGCCUCAACAAAUGCAACCACAAGUGCAAUUAAUCACUCAGCAACAAAUACCAUCUCAAGUACAAUUGGUUACUCAGCAACAAAUUCCACAACAGAAUAUACAAUCCCAACCAACAAUUGUUCAACAACAACAGCAAAUAAUGCCUCAACCAAUCACAUCUCAGCAACAAUUAAUUACUCAGCCACAAAUUUCAUCUCAGCAGUUAAACCCCCAGCAGCAGCUAGUUUUGCAACAAAAACAACAAUUAUUGUCGCAACAAGCUCACUUGAAUCAGCAACAACAGCAAAAUUUAGUUCAAAAACCCCAACUCACAAAUGAACAAAUGUUAUUGUUGCAACAGCAAAAGAUUCAACAGAUAUCUCAACAACUGCAACAAUCUGUUCCUCAAAGUUCACAACAAUUUGUCAUACGUCAAGAUAAUCAAAUACCUCAACAACCUCAGCUAGUAAACCAAAAUCAGCAAAGUUUCAUGGUUCAAAGGGAUCCUCAAUGGCAGCAACAGCAAUACCAAUUACAAUUGCAAAGACAGCAACAACAACAACAACAGCAACAGCAGCAGCAAGUCCCUGGUCAACAGAGACCAGGUGGACAAUGGGUACAACAAGUCCAACAACCACCCCGACAACUCAUUCAGCUUGAUGCCCAAACACAUCAACAAUUGCAACAGCUAGAUCCUCAGCAAAGAGCUCAAUUCAUUCAGAAACUUCAGAAACAGAAAACAAUAUUAUUCCAACGUCAACAGCGCCAACAACAAGGAGUCCCUCCGGGCCCACAAAUUGCAGUAAUACGAAGUCCUGGUACACCUGGUCAGCCUGGUGGUAUACAGUGGGUCUCUCAGCCUCGUCCACAAAUGAUGGGACCUCAAGUUGCCACUGCUGUACCUCAAAAACCAACACAAAUGCAUGUUAUGGGACAACCCGCAACACUUAAUUCAAUUAACACUGGUAAUCAGGUAAUUGUUCAGUCAAAUCAAACUGUCCAAAAUCCACAAGUUGUUCAGGGAGCACAAUUUCAACAAGGACAACCUCUGACUCAACAGCAAAUAGCACAGCUACAAUUGCAAAAGCAACAACAAAUUGCUAGAAUGCAGCAGUUACAACAAAUGCAGCAACAGAAUGCUCAGCAACAGCAACAACAGCAGCAACCGCAGCCACCGCCACAACUGAUUCAGUCUGACAAUAUGAUGACUCCAAUGUCCAGUAGUGCACAACUGACACCCGAGCAACAGCUAGUUGUUAAUGCUAAAACGAAAACAGCAUUGGCAAAUAUGCUUACUAGCCGAUUGCAAAGCGGUGCAGCCGAAGGUAGUGCAGCUGGUCAAUUGCGACUCAUGACUGCUCAGCAUAGGCCGCCACCACCGCCGUCGCAAGAUCCUCAACUUCUUGCAGCCUAUCAAAGAAGAACUCUAGGUAAUAUAACAAACGGGACAACUCCUGGAGGCGCGGCUAAAAUGCAAUGUUCACCAACAGCCCCGCAGCAGUCUAAGGUCCAGUUUUAUGGACUUAAUCCCGACUUAAAACUACCUCCAGAUCUAUUCUUGCUCGGUUGUAUCUUCGUUAUCGUUGAGUACGACACCCUUUGCCCAGAGAGAGUGGCCGUAUGGAAACAGGUAAUCGAGCGACACGGUGGCGAGACUGAACCACAGUACUGCCCGCGGGCCACUCACGUAUUAUCUAUGACUCAAAAACACCCCAUUGUGGUGCAAGCCAUGCGCGAAGGUACUCGUUGUGUAUCAGCAUAUUGGUUAUCGGACGUUGUGCUUAAACAGCAAGUGCUUCCUCCAUGGCACGCAUUACAUUUUCCAACUCCAUUUGGUCAAAAUGAUUUGCCUUGUAGCAAACAUAUUAUAUCGUUGUCUGGCUUCGAAGGGGAUGAACGUAAUAAAGUCAAAUUCAUGCUUGACGCGGUUGGAGCAAAAUGCACAAAAUACUUCUCAAAACAUAAUACACUGCUAAUAUGUCGAAGGCCCGAGGGAAUGAAGUACAAAAAAGCCAAGGAGUGGCAAACGGGUAUUGUAAAUGCUCAGUGGCUUACAGAUAUAUUGUGCGGUCAAGUAAAUGCCAUACAUCAAACAGAUGCUUUCAAAUAUCAACAAUUUAGUAUAGGAAAUCCAUUUAGAUUAGAUUAUUCUCUUGUUCCUCAUCUUAUGGCUGGUUGGAAAAUGCCAAUAAACGUCAGCCAAGAAUCUUAUGAUAAGGUGAAACAAGUCGGCCAAGGUCCAAACGCUAUGAGAAAGUAUAAGAAACCAAGGCUGGAAGGAUCGCUGUCGAGCAAAGAUCCGCAUCUUUUAGGUCUGGAUGAGCCAAUUACUGUGACUAAUCCAAAUCCACCUACUCCAGAAAAUCAACCGAAAAUAUUAUUUUCUGGAAUUAAUCCAAAGAAACAUGCAAAACGCAUACGAGAGUUAGGUGGCACUCUUGCUGCGAGUUGGAAAGAUUCAACUCACCUAGUGAUGAAUUGUGCUUUAAGAACUGUAAAACUAUUAUGUUGUCUGUCACGUUGUAAAUACAUCGUUAGUAUUAAUUGGUUGUUGGAUUCUUCAACACAAAAUACUUUCCUUGACGAAAGUCAAUAUGCGCUGGAUAAUCCAGAAUUUGAAAAAACGUUUAAUUGCAAUAUUCAGAAAGCUUUAGCUAGUCCUAAUCGAGGAAGUAUUCUCAAAGAUAAAAUAUUUUAUGUUACUCCUGGAGUGGUACCCGCUCCAUCUGUCAUGGCAGAAAUAAUCGAAAGUGCUGGAGGCACGUUCGAAAAAAAUAGACGAUCUCUUGUUCAAAUACAAGAAAUGAAUAGCAAUGGAAAGUUUGAUUACAUAAUAAUUACAGUAGAAAAUGACUUACACCUCCUUGCUGACGUUCUACGAGCAGAGAUUAGAGUAUUCAGUGCUGAAAUAGUUUUAGGGGCAGUUGCAAGACAACAUUUUCAACUGAAUAUACCAGAAACAACUACAAAUUCAUAGAAAAUGAAACAAUUUGUUGACAAUAUUGUUCAUGUAACGAAUAACAUAACAUUUCUAUUGUGAAAAUGGUUAUCGGCAAAAAAUCAUUUUUUUGCCAUUCUAGCGAAAAGUAUUUUUUCCAUUUUGGUCAAAGUUACAAAAAUGUAAAUUUUUGCUAGAGGAUUCUCAAAAAAUAGUAAACAGGAUGUAAAAAAAUGCACUUUAGGUCACGUAUUUCAAUCUCGGUUUUCCAUUAAUCGAUAAUAUACACGUGAUCUUGAACAUUCUAGUUUUUUACAUUACUUGGUAUUUAAUGUACUAUUUCAAAAUAAGAUUGAUUUACUAUUUAUUUCAUGACCGAAAAUCGUGAAACAAUGCAAUAACACUGUUGAAUUUUUUCUACGGCAAAUGCUUUUUUAAAACUGUAAUUUUCUUUCUAAAAAGAAACUGCACAAUAGUCGUCUUUCUCGUAGUCAAAUUACUUAUUUUAUUUUUGAAUAUUUUAACAGUCGUAGAAAGUAAGUUUAUAGUACUAAAAUUUAAUGAAUUAAAGCGAAAUUUAAAUUGAUCAAAAUUGAAACAGUCAUUUAAUUGGAACUUAAUGACGAAUCAAAAAAAAAAAAUUAUCUAUCAUACGUAUCUAUUAGUAUGAUUAAUUAUUUUAAAUAUAUAGUUUAAAUUGUUCGCGGUGUAAAAUUUGUAAAUGCGAAAUUAUAAUCAUAGUAUCACAUUAGAAUUUUUUCAGUCAAUUAGACAUUAACAGUAAUAUUAAAAUUCAAUAUUAAAGAAAAAUUCCUGUGACAUGCAGACGUAAUGAACCUGCUUUAACUUUAGUUGGAUAACGCGCUUUAUCAUUUAAGUAUCACGAAACCGAAAGUUUAAUGUCGCAUAUUUUUUGCAAAAAAUCAUUUAAAAUUUUUAAUUUGGAGAUUCCAUUCUUUUAAAUGUGAUUUUAAAACACGAAUAAUCCCUAUCAGGAUCCAACUUAAAUUUCAUGUUCUAAUCACUGAAGCGAUUUGGAUUUUUCUAAGUUUACUCUAGCGACAAUAAUUGGAGUGUAAAUAUUCAAAUGUGUGUUGUAUGGGAAUAAUGAAAAAUUAUAAAAAUUAUUAAUUUUCGUGUGCAUUCUCAUCUCUUCAAUUAAAUGAUGAAAUAUUCUUCGAUGAACAUCAUUCUUUUGAAGACAGUUGCGAAAAAAAGAACAAAUGUAUUUUCAAUCGCUCGCGUUCGAGCAAAGUUUUUAAUCUUGCAAUUGAUGAACUAUCAACGGAAAUGGGCGUUUUUAAUAUCAUGUAUCAAUUUCGAGUAACUGGUACUAAUUCCUUCACCCAAAGCGUUUAAUAUAAGUAUAAAUAAAAUUUUAAAA